UUAUGCAACAUCACCAAUGCACUACCAAAUCCGGAACGCCUGGUAAACUUGAUUCUUCCACGUGCUGAAGCAGGCUGAACGUUUUGUACUUUUGUCAGUGACAGUCCUGCACUCGCCGUUAGUCUGCACCCCGUGUGGUCAGUCACUCGAUCCGCGCGGUGCAGCAUGCAAGUAGUUGAUAAUACUAUCUAUAGAUUGUCUCUCAUAGCUAUGCGGACAUUUACCGAGCUACCAUCUGAGCUUGUCGUACUCAUUCUGACCAAUCUCCCAGCCGUGGACCUUGUGAGGUGUCAGCAACUAUCGAAAUAUUGGUACACCCUCAUCAAUAACCAUGCUGGCCUGCAAUAUAGUAUUGCACUUGCUCUGACGUCCAUGGAGGACGCAUGUGCUACAAGCUUCUCUUCACGCGAGAAACUCGAUAUUCUAAAUUCUUUCCAGAGAAUGUGGACAAGUGGAUCCCCCUUUGAGUCCGAAACCAUAUGGCCCGUGGUCCCUUAUAACGACCACAUGAACCUGGCGCAAGACACAAUGGUGCAAGGAAUUGGAAUGCGCUCACUGAAGUUCACCAGGAUGUCUUGCGAUAUAACCAGCGCGUCAACCAUUUCUUGGGAUGUGGAACUUGACUUUGACAUUGUUGAGUUCACCUUUGAUCCUGAUGAAGGUCUCCUCAUCGCUAUCGAGGCGCGGGAUAAUAGAUGCUAUGUACGCCUUCUAGACACGAAUACUGGAAGGGGACACAAAAAUGCUACUCAAGACAGUCUCUAUAUUGGGGAAUUUGGCACUCCGGGACAAAAUGACUUGAUGCCCUUGGAUGGCGAAAACCUCAUACUCGACACGAGGAGUGCUGAAGAUAUGCUGGUAAUUCUCGCUAACUGGGAGGCAGAGGAACGGACGAUGUACAGGCUAACUGCGUGGAAUUGGCAUGAAGGCACCAAGUUCUUGGAAUUAUCUCCGAGUAUGGACUUCUUGAAGGACCAGUACAUCUCCUCGGCGUCACCUCUCAAUGGGCGACAAAUUAUUUUGGGCGUCACCGGCGGCGGACAAUCAGAUAACCAACGAGGUUUUGCCAAAGUCUUGGAUCUUACCUUAGGUCGGAGUGCCUAUAUGGAAGCCGUUACUCUCGAAUUUCCUCCCCUCACGGCUUCUCUGGAAGAUCUUAGCAUCUGGCGAAACGUGCCAGCUACUCCAUCUCGACGCUCCUUGCAUCAUAACUAUUUGCCUUUCCAAUGUACACAAGACGAUGCGAUAAUCUCGUUUGGGUUGCUCCUUGACCCACCCAAUGGACACGAUCUUCCGGGAGAGUAUCACUUCGUGAUUCCGACGUCGAAGUUUAUUCGUUGCGUCGAGCGCGCGGCCAAGUGCUCUGGUUGUUGUCUUCCCUGGGCAGAGUGGUUACCAGACAAUUGUCGACUGUUUAGUGUCGAUGGUGCUUGGGACGUUGCAGGAUCUCGAGGUAUCCGUCAGAGCGGCGGACACAUAGAGAUCAUGAACUUUGCUGAAGCUGCAGUAAGGCGUCAUGAGACGUCACCUAAUAACGACUAUCUCACUCUGGUGAAUACUCCUGUGGAGGUUAAUGCACCAGUGUUCUGGAAGUGUCCGAUCACCACGUCUCUCCCAUACCUAAUGCACAGUGUCCCUCUGCCUGACGAAACCCAGUUUGAAGCGGUAUAUUGUGGAAGCGAUACCAUAUUUCUCUGCAAUGUGAGAAAAUAAUACCAUGGUGCUGCGUCCAAAGUAUUGGUAGACAUGUAGAUAUAUCCUCAUGACGAUAUAUUAUUUGACCCACAAACCUGGCAAAACCAGAGAUUAUGCAAUUUCACACAACUCACAAGAGAGGACAAAACUGUACAUUGUGAACAAGCUGUACAGAUGAUACAAUAUGCAGAAGUCGUAAUAACAUCGUAGAUGCGUAACAAAUCGUAAUCAGAUAUGCGUUAGGAGCGAGUAGAGUUCAAAUGUGACCAGUCUAUUGUCCGUAGUCGAUGCAACCC